CAAACGCUUUAGUCUGUAAGUCUCGCCGCUUCGAUCGCAAGGAAAGCUGAAAGACUGAAAGACUGAAAGGCAGAAAGACAACGAGCGAAACGAAGUAAAGCCGAAGUGUGUGUACGGUUCGAGGGUCCAGCAUCGAGUGCGGACCACUUUUGAGAUCGGUCAAGUCCAAGCCGAAGAAGAGAGAGUAAAGGCCAAAAAGAGUAAGAGAGGAGCGAUCGAUUGAUCGAUCGUUGGCUCUCCCGAUCUCACUCUCACUCUUUCUUGCUCGCUCGCGCGCUCUCUCUAUCGCUUUGAAAAGCGGAAAGAAAGUAAAACGAUUACUUAAUCCGCGUUCCGCGUUCCAACGGCGUUCAACGGCAACACCAGAGGCGCCCCUACACCCGCCUCUAUAGCCUCCAUCCCAACCCCCACACCCCUCCCUCAGCCGAUGACAGCUUUCGGGCGGAGAAAACACAAGUAUUUUUGACGGGGACAAAGACAGAAAGGCCAGCGACCCAGCAGCGAUCUAACCAGAGGAGAUCCGAUUCACAUUAUCAUUGAUAAUUUAGAAAGCGAAGCUGAAUACCAAAUAGGCGACUACUAGAUCUGGACAUCUGUCGUAUCGACAUCCACACGGCGACACAGCAACACCGCGACACUGCGACACUCUCCCACUCCCAUUUCCAUUUCCAAUCCGGAGAUCGUGGACCCACAGCCACAGUUUGGUUUCAGUUACAGUCCGGGGUCGCGGCUCUUACCUUGGGGCUUUCUCCAGCAGCAGCAGCAGCAGCAGCAACGCGUUCAGAUUGUGCCUCAAAUAUAACUAAAGUGCACUUGCAACAUUUGGUUUUUUUUUGUACUGGUGUCUAGACCGCAAAAAGCAGUGAAAAUGAUACGCCUCACGCUCUUGAUAGUGCUCAUGCUGUUGGUCAGUGUCGAUUCCGGUAACAAAGCACCCCAACACGCCGCCAUGGCAGCUGCAGCAUCCGAUUCCAUUCCUCCUCCAUCCGCAACAAGCAAUGUGCCACACAAUUUCCAUCAUCAUCAGCACAGCCCCAGCCACAGCAAUGCCACCAGCAGCACAAGUAGAGGAAAUAUUCCAGUCAACGCCAGAAGAGAGGAGACUCUAAGCCCGGGGGCUACCUCUGAGGAGGUCGUCUCCAGUGGCCUCCGCGACAAGAGAGGCACCAAUCAGGCGGCAGCCAAUGGCAAUGCAGCGCCCGGCUUCCAGUUGGAUCAGAGCGAGCUCCAGCGUCAGAAUCAGAUAACCCAACAGAUAUUCGCCAACUAUUUGGAGCGGCGGCUGUUUCCCAAUCGCAGUGUCAGCCAGAAGAUCCCCACCAUAGCGGACAUCCUCCCGAAGCCGAAGCCAUCGGCCAGGCCACGUCCCCGUGGCUUUGCGGCCAGCGAUGGGGGCCUCAAGCGGAGCGGCGGCGGGGCACAGCGGAAUCGGCUGGCAGCAGCGGCGGCCAAGCGGCAGACGAGCAGCUCCCAAAAGAAUCGGGACUUCGGGGAGGAGGAGGAGGACCAGCAGCCGCAGGCCGCCGCCCAUCAGGACGACUUCGACGACGAUGUCCAGGAGUCGCUGCAGAGCGUCGAGUCGGAGCAGCACGAUCAGUACUAUGGCAACAUAUUCCAUCGGGAUCCCAGCGAGAACGAGAUCGAUGCGGACUGCCCGAACUGCGUGGACGAGUCACAGUACACGCCGAACAAAUGGACAAUGCCGCUGCUGAAGCUCGGGGAGAAGCGCUAUUACCUGGGCAUCUUCUUCAAGGCAAACUGGUUCAAAGCCACACAAUACUGCCGCUACCAUGGCAUGCAUUUGGCGAGCAUUUCAUCACAAGAAGAGAACGAUAGACUGGAGAAGCACAUACGUGACUUUGGCCUGGGCCACGAACAUUUCUGGAUAUCCGGCACGGACCUGGCCGACGAGGGCAACUUCUUCUGGAUGGCCACCGGUCGUCCGAUAACAUUCACCAACUGGAAUGCCGGGGAGCCGAACAACUUCCGCUACGAGAACGGGGAGGAGGAGAACUGCCUGGAGCUGUGGAAUCGCGACGGCAAGGGCCUCAAGUGGAACGACUCGCCCUGCAGCUUCGAGACCUACUUCGUCUGCGAGGUGCAGCCGAACUAGGAGGCGCCACAGAACCCACACACAGCACACAGCACAAGACAAAAGACACAUCCAUUUAGGCAUAUAGUGAUUAGUGAUCCAAGGUUAGCCGCCUUAACCCUCGGGUUAGCGCGAAACUUACAAGCGAAAGUGAAAGUGAAAGUGGACGUGGAAGGAGCACGCAGUGAGAGAAAGUAGGGUUUUAUGUAUGUGUAAUGUAAGUGUAUAAAAUUUUUUUGUUGAUAAUUAGAUAGUAAACGUAAUUAAAUUAUAUUUAGGACUCUCUCCGUCUAUCUUCUCAUGUAAAUCCGAUAUACAAAAAUAAUACAAAUAAAUUGUAUAUUCAAAAUAA